ACCCUGCAUAGAGCUACUACUACUGCAUUGUUUAAGUUGUAUAAUUACUCCGCAAUGUCUCAUCCAAAGGUCACUCGGCGCAAAAGGCGCACUGAGACAUUAAAAAACAAAAUGAAGCAAUACUCACAUAUUUUCAACGUUAAUAUUACCGUCAUUAUGCAAGACAGGUCGACUUUGCAAAACCAAACUUUCACAUUCUCACCUGAUCACGGCUGGGCAACCACCCCAAGUCACUCAACUAACUCCCCAGAUCGACCUGAGAUAGUCACUUGGCCAGAAGGUCAAAAUUUUGUUGAGCGAUUAAAGCAGAGAUUUGAGCAGCUCAACGUCGAGUGCCCCCCUUGAAAAAGCUCGGAGAAUUUCUUAGCCCUCCAGUGCCAGUUGUCUCCACCCUUUGUCAUUCUCUAGAGCCACAGCAUAGAAUAGUGGGAGAUAUCGUUG